UACAUUGUAAUGACUGAAUGUCCAUGUACUGUUAACUUCUACAUACAUUUUUACCGUAAGACACAGGCCAACAGGCCGAAUGGGGUGGUGACAUCAUCUCUAGGCCUAUACCCGGAUGUUUGAAUCUACAUGAUAGAAAUAUGAAUCUUGGGGCUAAACAUGCAGUAUUCAAAACAGACAAUUAGUAAUCCCGACUGCACAUAAGAAAAGCCCAGGGCUUCUAGCUAGAUAACAUGUAUUUUGACGGUUCUUUUGUAACAUGUUACAACAAUGUUGACAGCGAUACUUGGCCCUACAUCUAUCUUUGUAGCACCAGUGUAUGUCUUCCCCAUUCCAUUUGGUUGGCCGACUGUCCUAUGUCAUAUCAGUAAUUAAUUAAUAAAAGGCUAGAUUCGGGUUUUAAUUUGGUCAUUCACAUGGCUUUUUAUCUAGCCUGCCAUCUCAUGUUUUGUCAUGUAUUUAAUACUAUUUAUUAACACAAGGCCCGGUUAGUGCAUCAGUGCUGGAGCUACCUUGGCAUUAUAGUGACAAACACCUAAUGUGAGAAUGAGGCCCUUUUAAAAGGUUUGAGGUUGGAAUAAAACAGUUACUGAAAAAUCAUUCAGUCAUUCACUCAUUAAUUUAUUUCACACAGUCACAUGUUCAUACAUGCAUGUAUUUUACAGAUUUCUCUUGUGAGACUUGAGUCUGGAGUUGAGUACUCUAGUAUAAACUUGAGUUGGUGCAAGAGAGUUCAACUGUGAAGGACCACAAGAUGUUGUGUCCCAAUGAGAGUUGGGUGAGCCUGGAUGACUUUCAGCCUCGCUGUACCUGUCUCUACCCCCACACAACUUGGACUGAUGCUGUCAUCCCCUCCAUUGCCACAAGAAGGUCCAUCAGCCCCACUAACCCUACCCCUAGAUCAUCCAUGUUUUGCAGUAACACCCCCAACAGCCCCAUCGGCAAGUUACAAGAAAACCAUGACUCCUUCCUUUAUCCAGAAUGUCCCAGAUUUACUUCAUUCUUUGACACCCCUGAUCUAACAUCAACAUUUCUAUCAGCCACUUCAGAUAUCUGGCCUGUCAGUCCAAGUGAUGAGUCUCUCCCAGCCAGCACCAGCUCCAGUCUGACCAGCCUGAGUUCCAUCAGUCUUACUGACCCCUUCCCCAGCUCUUCUACCCUUUUCAAGAAUUCUGAGGAAUUCCACAAUGAUCUUCUUCCCUCCCCAUCUUCCAGCACCACCUGCUUGAACUAUGGGCCCAAACCUAGCAGAUCCAUGGAAUCAGUCAUGUCAGGUUUCCCAGACGGCAUCACCAUCUCAGCUACAGUUUACAAAGACUUCUGGCUCUGUAACAUCUCUGACCCUGUUCAGUAUGGACCAAGACUGACCUCAAGCACCACAUCUCUCCCUGUCAGCCCAGUGAGCAGCUUCACCAACCUGAGCCAGUGUGAUGUGUCCUGCAGUCUGACCAGCCUAAGCCACCAAGGAGUGCCACGUCCAGUCCCUAGCAGGAGACCUGGACCCCUGAACAAGAUGGUGGACAGGAAGAGAAAGAGAGAUGAGGAUGAUGAGGUAGAGGUGAAGGUUUGUAAGAGGGCCAGGCUGUAGGUAUGGUAGGUAUAGUCAGAUGUACAUUGUUAAUGUAUGUCUGAAGCAUCUAUUUUAGACAACACUGUUUCAUGUUUUACUCGGAGUAGAAAUGUUUUUAAAUUCUGCUAUUAUUCUAGUCACACUAUAUUUUAUUGUCCUAUCUAUAUUAUAUCCAUAUUUAAAAUAGUUGUGUCCUUCCGCUGUUAUUGCUUCAUUGUAAGUUACUAUACCAGUUUGUAAUCACUUAUAGCCCUAUUCCUUAUCACUGUCAUUAAACAUUUUCCACUUGUGUUCCAGCCUGAUUCUGGGCCCUACUCUAAUUCCUUCCUUGGUUGUGUCUCCUUUCCCUGUCCCUACAAGUGGUUGUAGCUCCUAUUCCUGCCAGUGGUUGCAGAUCCUAUUCCUGUCCCUGCUAGUGGUUGUACCUCCUGCUCCUGUCCCUGUCAGUAGUUGCAGCUCUUGUGACGGUCCCUGCCAGUGGUUGUAGCUCCAAUUCAUGUCCCUGUCAGUAGUUGUAGCUCCUAUUCCUGUUCCUGUCAGUAGUUGUAGCUCCGAUUCCUGUCCCUGUCAGUAGUUGUAGCUCCUAUUCCUGUCCCUGUAAGUAGUUGUAGCUCCUAUUCCUGUCCCUGUCAGUAGUUGUAGCUCCUAUUCCAGUCCCUGCCAGUAGUUGUAGCUCCUAUUCCUGUCCCUGUAAGUAGUUGUAGCCUCUAUUCCUGUCCCUGUCAGUAGUUGUAGCUCCUAUUGAUGUCCCUGCCAGUAGUUGUAGCUCCAAUUCCUGCCCCUGCCAGUAGUUGUAGCUCAUAUUCCUGUCCCUGCCAGUAGUUGUAGCUCCUAUUCCUGUCCCUGCCAGUGGUUGUAACUCCUCUUCCUGUCUGUGCCAGUGGUUGUAGCUGUUGUUCCUGUCCCUGUCAGACGUUGUAGCUCCCAUUCCUGUCCUUGCCAGUAGUUGUACCUCCUAUUCCUGUCCCUGUCAGUGGCUAUAGCUCCUAUUCCAGUCCCUGUCAGUAGUUGUAGCUCCUAUUCCUGUCCCUGUCAGUGGCUGUAGCUCCUAUUCCAGUCCCUGUCAGUAGUUGUAGCUCCUAUUCCUGUCCCUGUCAGUAGCUGUAGCUCCUAUUCCAGUCCCUGUCAGUAGUUGUAGCUCCUAUUCCUGUCCCUGUUAGUAGUUGUAGCCCCUAUUCCUGUCCCUGUCAGUAGUUGUAGCUCCUAUUGAUGUCCCUGCCAGUAGUUGUAGCUCCAAUUCCUGCCCCUGCCAGUAGUUGUAGCUCCUAUUCCUGUCCCUGCCAGUAGUUGUAGCUCCUAUUCCUGUCCCUGCCAGUGGUUGUAACUCCUGUUCCUGUCUGUGCCAGUGGUUGUAGCUGUUGUUCCUGUCCCUGUCAGACGUUGUAGCUCCCAUUCCUGUCCUUGCCAGUAGUUGUACCUCCUAUUCCUGUCCCUGUCAGUGGCUGUAGCUCCUAUUCCAGUCCCUGUCAGUAGUUGUAGCUCCUAUUCCUGUCCCUGUCAGUGGCUGUAGCUCCUAUUCCAGUCCCUGUCAGUAGUUGUAGCUCCUAUUCCUGUCCCUGUCAGUAGCUGUAGCUCCUAUUCCAGUCCCUGUCAGUAGUUGUAGCUCCUAUUCCUGUCCCUGUAAGUAGUUGUAGCCCCUAUUCCUGUCCCUGUCAGUAGUUGUAGCUCCUAUUCCUGUCCCUGUCAGUAGUUGUAGCUCCUAUUGAUGUCCCUGCCAGUAGUUGUAGCUCCAAUUCUUGUCCCUGCCAGUAGUUGUAGCUCCUAUUCCUGUCCCUGCCACUAGUUGUAGCUCCUAUUCCUGUCCCUGCCAGUAGUUGUAGUUCCUAUUCCUGUCCAUGUCAGUGUCUGUAACUCCUAUUCCUGUCCCUGUCAGUAGUUGUAGCUCCUAUUGAUGUUCCAGCCAGUGGUUCACGCCUGGCUAGUGGUUGUCGUCCUUAGUUCUGUCAGUACGUAUAUCCCCUACUCCUGCCCCUUUCAGAGGUACUGGCAACUUGCAUUCCUGACCCUUGCUCAAGCUAACAUUACCUGGUUAAUGAUACAUGUAAGCUCAGAUCUAAUGAUACCAAAUGAUAUGAAUAGUACAAUCAAUGUUGCCUCAAAGAAUAUCUGGUAAGCUAUGUACAUGAAAAAGUAAGACAGGUAGUAAUAAGUCAGUGUUAAAAAAUGAAGUGCAUGUAUUAUCCAGAACUGACUGGACAUUAGUCCAAACUUUGUAUUAAAACAUAAUCUGUGCAGAUAAAACUAUGGCAAUAUUUAUUUGGGCUCAAAAUCAUAGACUAAAUUCUGUUUGACAUCUGAUAUAUUUUCUAUCAACCACUUAUAAGAUAUAAUGUUAAAGUCAGGGCUAGUACAGGUGGUGUGGGCGUGGCUAGAAGGGGAGGUGGAGGCCACUGUUUAGUUAGGUUAGUAGUUUGUAUAUAGUGUGUAAAUAAGCUGAAAAUCAGUAAACAUUAACUGUCUCAGAUGAAUUGCCUACAUGAUGUAUUUUCUUAUGAUUGUUAAAACAUCAGUAAAUGUAUCCAUUCAUAUAAUGUUAUAGUCAGGGCCCCUGUUUAGUUAGGCUAGUAGUUUGUAUACAGUGUGUAAAAUAGCUGAAGAUCGGUAAACAUUAAUUGCCUAUAUGAUGUAGUUUUCAUAUAAUGUGGUGUGGGUGUGGCUAGAAGAGGAGGUGGAGGCCACUGUUUAGUUAGGCUAGUAGUUAGUUUGUAUAUAGUGUGUAAAUAAGCUGAAGGUCGGUAUUAAAACAUUAACUGUGUCAUAUGAAUUGCCUACUUGAUGUAUUUUCUUAUGAUUGUUAAAACACCAGUAAAGGUAUCCGUUCAUAGUAUAUUAAAGUCAGGGUUAGUACAGGUGGUGUAGGCGUGGCUAGAAGGGGAGGUGGAGGCCACUGUUUAGUUAGGCUGGUAGUUUGUAUACAGUGUAUAAAGAAGCUGAAGAUCGGUAAACAUGAACUGCGUCAAAUAAAUUAGAAACAUGAUUAUAAAAUCAAAACAUCAAUAAAGGUGGAAUCAUAAUUGUUGAAUAAAAAUAUAUUUGCGUCUUUCUGUUGAUUUAUGCUUUAAAAAUAUAAAUCUGUUUCAGAGAAAAAAAUCAAAGUAUCUUAAGUUUACUUUUAUCUUUCUCCUUUGUUCAUUCACUCUUCACAAACAUAAUCUGUUCAGAAAAAUAAAUCUUAAUAUCUAAA